UUUUUCGAUCGGGCGCGGUGUACCAAAUAAAUGAAAACGAGGCUAACCCUGAUGUGGACGGUGAAGAAGUAACUGUAGUUUUGUGUUUACACGGAUCUUAAACAAAAGUAUUCAUCGCUAUUGUUGUUUUCAUUCUGUAAGGUUUGAAUAGUUAAGGAUUUAGCUAAAUAAUUACAACCUUGCGUAUAUUUGUUAAUGCAGCAUUAAUUUGUUAUUAUGCAGUGUGUAGGCGCGAUCAUACUGUGCAGUUGAAGUCUCUCGGAGAAAAGUCACACGGAGAAAAACAAGUCCAUUUAGAUACUGCUAUAUUUUUUAAGUGUUAAAGAAGAUUGAGAAGAUGAUCUAUUUUUAAAAUAUACUUAGUAUAAGGAAGCGUAAUAGUUUGUCAUCGCACAAUAUAAAAAUAGACGAAUUUUACAUGCCGAAGAGUUAUCUCCCGUUGUCAGCGUAACGCUCCUUUUCCCACUGUCUCUGUCCUUUGUAAGUUACUUGAUAAUAUUUUUAAUCUUCAAACGUUAUCGGACAAUUUCGAUCUGUACCUGUAUUGCCAGAGUAUGGGGUAAUAUGUAAAUUAUGAACAUAUUCUCAUACAGAUUUAAUUACUAAGAUACUGACCUAUAAAGUUGGUAAGGUUAUAGAGGGAAAACAGUGCCUUACGCCAGUUGACCCUGGAUAGUCGCCACAAAGGGAAAAAACUUUUGUAAAUAUGAAAGUCGUCUACAGGGACAACUCUUGCAUAUAGGUACACCUGUCAUCAGAACAUGUUUAUAAAGCAUAACUUAUUGUUAGUAAAAGUAGCAGUACAAAGUAUUUACUGAAGUUUGCAGAAAGGAAACUAUAUAAAUUGUGAUUUUGUGUCAAUCGCGGAGAUGAGGAAUAUCGCCUACACAGGUUUCUGACAAUUGGCUAAAAUAAAGCUUAGUAGUGUGUGUAAAAUGAUAAAAAAAAAAGGACAAAAGUAGAAUAAAAAGACUAUAGAUUUACAUGCAGUUUAUUAUUAAAAUAUUGUGUUAUGGGCAUUUUUUUAUUUAAAAAUAAAUUAAUAGGAAGGUGUUAUUUUCAUGCCAUAUGAUUUUACCAUUCUGCAUUUUAUAUUGCACUUGUUCUUUGUUUUAUAUUGUACUUAUUUUUUACAUGUAAAGUACUUUAGGGUAAUUACAUAAUUAGAUAAGGUGCUAUAUAAAACUAGAAUAAUAAUAAUGUGGUUUAUAUAAUUAGCAGUCUGAUUUAAGUUCUAGUGAUGGGAAAUCAGAAAAAAUUAGAAUCAAUUAUAUCAGUAAUAUUCGGCUGGGCAUAAUUGAUUAGUAAUGAAUUAUAAUCGAAAUUUUUAAUUCAAAUAAAAUAAACACAGAAAAGUUAAACUUAUUCAUAAAUGUUUAUUAAUUUUUCUUUUAGUAAUUGAAAGUUGGAAAUAAUAUUUAGUUAACUUUAAACUUAAACAAUAUAUCAUGAUCAGAUAUAUUGAAACAGAAUGGGAAUUAAUAUUUUUAAAAAAUUGCAUUCAAUGGGUAUAGUACUGAUAUUAGUCCCAUCUUUCAUUAGAAUAACUACAUGUAUUUAUUUCUUGGAAUUACAAGGUUUAAAAGUAGUUAUGGUAUCCAGAAAUAUUAAGACUUGUAUUUUUCAUUAAUAUGUUUUAUGGUGUGACCAUUUGGGCGAGUGCAGUUGUACCUUAAAAAAUACACCUGAAAUGUUGAUCUGCCACUUCAAACGUAAGUUGCAUGAGACAUCUAGAUUAUUAUGUCACAUGAGAGAUCGUCAGGGUUAACGUAAACAGCGGAGCGUCUAGUUGAAACUAAUAGACCUAGUGCAAUUUUUGUCGAAAGACAUUGCAGAGUUAUUUUUUGUUUCUUUUUAAGAUUUCUACAUACUGAAAGACAGUGAAAGUCUUUUAUGCCUUAUGUUAUUAUUUAUUGGCGCAAAGGGUAUUGGGUAGCAAAGGAAUUCUGGGAAGCUGUCGCAACAAAAUUUGCUUGACAAAUGUACAGAUUUCAUUCCAAAUUCCUCUGUUCUUACACGUUAGUCUAUUAAGCUUGCUUUGAGACCUUUGCUGCGCACGCUAUAAUUACAAUAACAGAUUGUCUAGACUAAAAAUGUUUUCUUUUGUAUAGUAAAACCUGGCACUGGCUUGCAGUAUAGUCCCAUUUCCUGUUAUUAGUCUGACCCCAUAUUCAAUCCUGGCGGUAUAAAAUUUAAUUGAAAAUUUAGUGUUCAUUCAGGGCCUUGAUAUGUUUCAACCAUUCUUAACCUAGAAGAGGUGAUCAUUUUUGACAGAGUAAAAGUAUUCAUAAAAUGGUUUUCUUAGCAUUUAACAAGUUCCUUAUAUUUUUCUUAGCUUUAAUUGUGACCCAUAUGGGACCUAGUUUCUUUGUUGAACUUUGUCUAAUUGCUAGCGCUCUCAAGGAGUUAAUAUUGAGCUUAUUUAUCUAACUUUAACUGUAUGGUGUGUGGCAUUUCUCCCAGGAAAAAUGUUCAAAGACAACACAGUAUCAGUGAAAAGAAAUCACUGUUAAUUACUUCAAUAGAGAGAAUACAUGUGAAUAACAGGUUCAGUCAAUUUAUCAUGGCCUUUUAAAAUGUUAAGAAUACUUGAAUUAGUUACAAAUUGAGUAAUAUAUUGCAAAUUUCUAUUUUUUAGGGUUUAGAUCUAAGGACAAAUCACUCUAACUGCAGGAAAAUAGCUUAGAAUCAGAACUCUUUAGUGUGCAGUGUAGAGAGCGUUCUUAAUCUUUUAUUUAAAAGAAAUUUCAAGGUAUUAAAUGCUACCAAAAUAUAACACAUGUUAGAGGAAUAUUUAGAGGAAAUGGCAGAAUUAAAAGGUUUUGACCAAAAUAGCCAAAUUUUAAGAAUACUGACUUUGUAAUUUCUCAUACGAGUUAUGAAAAAAUAAAGAUGCAUGUGGUGGCAUAACAUAGAAAAACUUAAAAUGGCUUAAAGGGCUGCUUUUAUAAUUUUGACUGCAGGUUAAGCACAAUACCAAUGUACACACAGUCCUUUAUAAACAUGAUAAAAAAAAUCUAUAAAAUUUUAUGAAAUACCACAGUGGUUAGAUAUGUAAUUUGGAUUAUUGCACAAAAGCUAUGCCAGUAAAUGUCGUAUACAUUUAUACGGUACAUAUAAUUUCUGGAAAUGUGUGACACAUGUUCAAGGUAAGUCUUGUGUGAAAAUGAUAUACAAAUUGCAUGUAACUUGCGUCUUUCUUAAAAUGAUUGAUUGUAUGUUAUUUAACAACCCUCUGAAUUUCUCGCUCAUAUGAAACACCAGUACUUGCAGGUGGAGAUCUACAAAUUUUGUCCUAUACUCGGCACUCAGGGCCAUUGAGCAGUGAGGGACCUUUUUUAUGCCAGCACUUUCAGAGACACAGGACCUCUGUUGUUAUGGUCUUGUCUAAAGGACCAGUCUCCACAUCCCACAGUGGGAUUCGAAUCUGCGAACUAAGGAUAAACUCCUUAGUUUGUGUCUCUAGAGCAGACGCUCUGUACCACACAAGUGACCUCUUUAAAUGAAUGUUGUCAUAUGUGUUGCCUGUAAUUUUGAAUUUACUUUCAGGGUUUAAUUUUUUUCAACUUUCUGCUUUCCUAAAUUUGAUUUGUGCUACAAACUUAAAAUAAGUAUAUAUUUUUAAUAGUAUCUGCAUUGUAGUUCCCAACAACUGCUCUCUAAUCUGAAAGUGUCAGUGAUGACAGCAUUAUUAUUUUUAGAAAGUGUGUUAGUAUCAAGUGAAAGCUAUGCUGAUCCUUAUUAUUUAGUAUAGAUUAUGACAUUGUUAUAUUUUUUGUAGAUCACAGAAUGCCUAGGAAGAAGAGCUGGAAGAAAGCUGCUGCAAAAAAGAACCCAUGUAAGGCAGAUGUGGGUGACAAGUACCCCACAGAUGUUGGCCACGUCCAACUGUCUGUGCCUCUGGGUGUAGGCCACGUCCUAACACCUAUGACAUCUGUACCGGCAGGGAUGGUCUCUACCACCCCUGUGACAGUGGUCUCUGCGGCUCUCCCUGAGACCACUAUGCCUCAAACUAUGCCUCAAAUGUUGCCUCUGGCUCAAACUAUGCCUCAAAUGUUGCCUCUGGCUCAAAAGUUGCCUCAAAUGAUUACUCAGAAUUCCUCUCAGUUGCUUACUCAGAAUAUCUCUCAGAUUACAACUCAGAAUAUUACUCCGUUUGUAAUGAACAAUAUACCAAAUGAAACAACACAUGCACUGCAAGGUAAUUGUAUGCAUCAGAAUUCAGAUAAUGUGGUGUUUGGGUCUUUCCAUCAGGGAAGCAUGAGGUUUUCAUCAUUUUCAAGAGGUAAUCAGUGUACAUGCAAUUCACUUAUGAUGUUGGCAAAUUCAUAUGAACAUUUUUCAUUUACUAGUUCCUUUUUAGAUCAGACUCUGCUCAAGGGAGAUAAUUUGUACAACACGGUUGUGAAGAAUCUUCAGAGUGCUGGAAAACUUAAAAGUAGAUUACUGAUGUUUGAUGAAUUACCAAUUCAUAUUGAUUCUGGUGAAAAUCACCAUAUGGUUGAUAAGUUUGAUACAUUGUUUGGCUUAUUAGUUACAGAUGAUAAGAGAAAUCAAAUUCAAACUCUACAUGAAUGUCUGCAACAAGCAUUGGGAUUAUCUAGAUUAGAUCAGUUAACAACAACUGCUCUCACAAACAAACAAUCUGAUGGCACCAAUACUGGUCACUUAAAAACAACAGCAAUAAAGAAAGAUAAAAAGGAUUACAUGAGACAAUAUAUGAGAAACAAGAGACAAGAUCCAGAGAUUAAAAGCAAGGAAAGGGACAGUAUGAGAAACAAGAGACAGGAUCCCGAGUUUAAAGUCAAGGAAAGGGACAAUAAAAGAAGCAAGAGACAAGAUCCAGAGUUUAAAGACAACGAAAGAGACCGUAUGAGAAACAAACGACAAGAUGCAGAGUUUAAAGGAAAAGAGAGGAACAGUAUGAGAAACAAGAGACAAGAUCCAGAGUUUAAAGUCAAGGAAAGGUACAAUAAAAGAAGCAAGAGACAAGAUCCAGAGUUUAAAGACAACGAAAGAGACCAUAUGAGAAACAAACGACAACAUGCAGAGUUUAAAGUAAAGGAAAGGGACAGUAAAAGAAGCAAGAGACAGGAUCCAGAGUUUAAAGACAAUGAAAGAGACCGUAUGAGAAACAAACGACAAAAUGCAGAGUUUAAAGGAAAAGAGAGGAACAGUAUGAGAAACAAGAGACAGGAUCCCGAGUUUAAAGUCAAGGAAAGGUACAAUAAAAGAAGCAAGAGACAAAAUCCAGAGUUUAAAGACAAUGAAAGAGACCGUAUGAGAAACAAACGACAAAAUACAGAGUUUAAAGACAAGGAAAGGGACAGUAAGAGAAUUAAAAGGCAAGAAGAAGAAUAUAGGCAUGAUGAGCAAAUAAGAGAUUUAAAGAAGAAAAAAGAAAUGAGACAAAGUUCUAACCAGUUAGAAAAAGAGAGAUUGAAGAUGAAAGAAAAGAGAAAAAAUGAACACUAUAGAUCAUCAGAAAAUAUUGCUGCAAAGCAAUCAAAAGCACACUCACGGGGGAAUUUGGACUAUAUUGAAACUGAAAAACAAAGAUACAGAAAAAACAUGGUUUCAUGA